CCACCAGCUGUCAAACUGUAUUUGAUAAAAACGUAAACAAAUUGAAAACAACGAUGGACUGCAGUAAAAACGCUGAACCGCUGGAGAGCCUUAAGCGAAUCGAAAUAUACUUGCAGUCACCACCGUUGGAUGACACAAAUGCGCCACAUUAUGUAGAGCAAUUGAAAGCGCUGCGAAAUCUUUGUGCCUUAGAUCCGGCGCAUCAGAAUGCAAUUGCUGAGCACGAAAAUUUCAACGAACAGUUGCAUCAGCUACUAUUUGAUAACAGCAUAACGCCUAGACCGCCACAAAAUCUACAACUAAUGGCGCUGCAGUUACUCGCGAAUGCAAUUGUGCAAAAUCCAAAUUCGCAACGCAACAUUUGGCAACGUCAUGGCGCUGCUAUUGUAGAGUGUGGAUUGGUGGCGCCACUAGGUCGUCAUACCAAUAUACUGCUUAUGAUAGUGUACAAUGUAUUGAAAGGUGCUGCAGUGUCGAAUAUGGAACAACAGGCGUUGUGUGCUGCAGUGCGCGCAUGGCAAAAAAUUGUGGAUGAACGCAGCGAGGAUAACUAUGAAUUUCUACAUUUUCUCUUUGAACAUUUCAUUGUACAUGGCGGGCACAAUACCGUACGCUAUUAUGCGCACUUGACGCCGGCGGAACGCAUUUCCUUUCUAGAAUAUUUAGUGCAUUAUCUGCGUCAAGACAGUCCAAAUGGUCACAUACAUCAAUUCCUGUUGAAAUACAUAACCAAAGAGUUUAAUAUAAAGUCUGAUCGUAUAUUAAUCUGCAAACCGGAUAGCGCACAGAUGCCUGCCACUGAUCCAAUGCCCGCCCGUGAAGCUUAUGCGCUAUUGCGUGUAAUUGCCAGCGCGACUGGCAGUGAAUUCUAUGCAGAUAAAUAUGUGGGCGAACAGUCACUAUUUUUGAAUGUGAGUAGCCUGUUACGUUGCCUGGCGCAAGUGGGUAAAGAGUCGCAAAAUAUCUUUACGCCCAUGAAUAAAUUGGAAGAAGUGGCGCUCACAUCGAAUAUAUCGCGUGAUUUCGAAACAGAGUUGUCAUUUGAGCUGAAAACCUUAUUGGUGCGUUGCAUUGCGAAUUUGCUUUACAAAAAUCCAGCCAAUCAAGGCUACUGCAUAGACACACAAUUGCUGCCCACUUUGCUGGAAUGUACCAAUAUGGAUGCACGAAAUCCACUGCUGAAAGAGUGGAGCAUAUUGGCAAUUCGCAAUGCUUGUUACGGCUGUCCAGAGAUUCAGGCAAUGAUAGCGAAUAUGACGAAUAAAGGCGCGGCACAAAAUGACAUCAUUGACGAAUUGAAUUUGGAUAUGGGUGCUCUGCGCAUUAAGCCUAGUCGAUAAAUUUGGCCACUUGUAAAAAACCGUAUUUCUAUUUCUUUGUUUAAUUAGUUUGGACGUUUUAUACAAUAAUAAUCUAUAGUUUUAUACAAUCUGAACGAUCAAAAUUAA